UUAGUGAUUGUGACUGUGUGUACAAUGGAGUGGCAUAUAGUGGUAUUCUUCGUCUGCUUUGCCGGCGCCGUGGUUGGCAAUCCGGCUAAAACAGAUUCAAAACGUGACCACUGCAACAAAACGGUGGAGAUAUACGAGGACGUGUCGUCGCCGCCUGUCACGCCGGAAAACUUCGGAAGACCUCUGACAUGUACGUAUAGAUUUCGAGCAUUUCGAGGGUCGCCGAAGGACUGGAUCCUAAGAAUACGGUUCAAGAAGUUCAAGGUCGGGACUCUGAUCAAUGGCACAACUUGUCACAAAGGAUACAUGCAGAUCGUGGACGGCAACGCAAAGACGGACGUGUCUAACCGCAAAGAACCGGGUCUGUUCUGCGGCGAGAUCGAGCAGCCGCAGACCUUCAUCUCGGAGACCAACUUCGUAAAAAUCGUCUUCCAUGCCGACAACUUCACCGACCAGACUUACUUCAGCUUCGAUUCAAGGGCUGAACAGCAGUUCGAAGUAUACCUUCGAUAUGGCCAACACCCAGAAUUGUAUCCAAACCGAAGAGGCGAGGUGGUUGCUGGAUCUUACUGCGAGCGAGUAUUCCGCGACUGUCGCUUGCAAACGUGCUAUGUGCAGUCGGCUGCGUAUCCUGGAGUGUACCCUCGGAAUCUACACUGCAGGUACCACCUGAAUACCCGACUGCCGUACAUAAAGCUAUACAUCGAGAACGAGGAGUUCAAUAUCGACGGGCAGCGCUGCGAGAACAUCAUGACCUGCCCUAUGAGACCCAUCACUUCUGGCUCAGAUAACUGUCCAUACGACUACAUCAAGAUCUACGACGGCAAGGACGAGUCUGCAGCCGUGAUCGGUACCUUCUGUGGUAUGGGCAAGUUUCCCUACUCCAUCAUCGGGACUUCACAAGAUCUGUUUGUCGAAUUCGUUAGCUCACCUGCAGGUCCGCUCCUCAACACCGGUUUCCAUUUCAACGUAGGCAACUGGCCGGGUCACGUGGAAGCACCAGGCUCUCGCGUAGGAACCUGCGAUUGGGUGCUCACAGCCGAGUCGUUAAAGAAAUCUGGAGACACUGAGGGCAUUUUCUUGUCUGUUGCGCAUUGGUAUCCGCCGCAUACAUCUUGCACUUAUCUGAUGCAGGGAUUUGCCGGGCAAGUUGUAAGGCUGUACUUCCCCAGCUUCCGAAUCAACCGCAUAGAAUCCCCAAUAGUGCCGUGGACGGGCGACUGCGGCGAGUCCCUUACUCUGUACGACGCUCCACGACCGGACGACGCGCGCAUCAUCAAGACCUUCUGUGACACCUUCAGCAGACCCAUGGAGAAGCAUGACUUUGUAUCGACGGGAAACGCCAUGUUUGUCAGAUUUGAAAGCAAAACAGGGAGCUACAGCGGUUCAUCCCUUUAUUACUGGGCGCACUAUGACUUUUUUAACAAUACGCGUUUCGGAGAGCCUGUGCCGGGUACAGCCUGCGAUGAGGUCAUUGCCUCGUGGAAGCAACGAGCUGGUCGUCUUCGGUCCCCGCUCAAUACACUGGUGUACAAACAAGCUCCGCCCGGGGAAGACGUCCAUUGCUUGUACAGAUUUGUGACGGACAAGAGGAUUUACGCACGUGUUAUUUUGACCAUUUUGAGCGUCAAUUUCAAGGAGCACCCGUACACUCCAGUGUCCUGUCAAAAUUGCUAUGAAGAUCGCGCAGACAAAUUAAUUAUUUGGGAACCAAAUUCUGGUGGUAAAUUCACGAAUUCCUCAAUCGGAGUGAGUACGACACCAUUGCCGCUUCACUUUGCUGUGCAAAGAUCUCUUGGAUCCUGUCUAUGCGCCAAACAUGCGAAUACCGUGUCUCGCGCUAAGCCCUACAGAAUUGUAUCAUCAGGGGAGUCACUAAACCUCCAACUGAUAGUUGACAACGCUCACGCUGCCGCAUCCUACUUCAAAAACCCUUCUCCACUCUUUGAAGCCAGGUACGAGUUUGUUCAUGGACCUCUCUGUGGGCCAGCUGUUUUAGCAGCAGCUUCUGAUGGUGAAAUCGUUUAUCCGCAUUUAGAAGCUUUGGGUUAUACUGAACCACCGAAAAGAAUACAGUGUAUUUGGGAUUUAGAGAUUGAAGAAAAGAGAGACAUUUGGCUGCACUUCGAUAGUAUAAAAUUUGCUUCUCGUCAUUGUGACGAUGGUAAUAUCCAGAUCUAUCUGCCAGGAAGACUUGAACCUUACUAUUCAGUAUGUGGUGAGAAUGUAUCGUUGGCUCGAGAAUUGCCAAUUCUAUCAGCGGGAGAACUUGGAUUCGAGUCUUUAGACGAUCCUUUGGUGAUGGAAAAGGAAAAAACACGAUCACUUCGAAUUGUUUUUAUUGGUAGUGCGUCACCAGCCGGUGCUGCUUUUAAAAUUGCCUGGACUGGUCUAUAUCAUUUGCCAAAAAACUCUGAUGGAAGUCUCAUGACUUCACGUCUUACGGACGGUAGCUCCAAAUCUUCAGAUUCAGGAGUAGGUUGUGACUUUAUCUGUCCUGGUGAGGAAGCUCUUUGCAUCCCAGCGAGACUGAUUUGCAAUGGCGUAGUGAACUGUCCAAAUGUGACAACUAGCGAAAGAAAAUUCUGGACACCUGAAGAAAGGAGAGCUAGAGAGGUGUACUCUGAAGAUAGUCUCCGCCGGUUAGGAUAUUUGGAUACAUUGGAUGGUAUACAGAUUAGCAAGUUGAAUGAUGAGUCACCUGAGCUUUGCGCCAAGGCAACAAAUGUCGGGAGUGGUAAUUGGACUGCUACUGCUUUGGGGGCUGGUUUUGCAGUCCUGUUCGCCAUUUGCGCCUUGACGGCUGCGUGGCGUCUCUGCUGCCCGAAGAGGUCUCCAGACGAGGAGAGCCUGGACUACUGACAUGAGGCCCGCGGCGGCCCACACGGCCCGCCGUCCACUUACUCUCGCUCUCUGUCAAGAGACUUGCCGCUGGACUGGAGUCCACAUUGACAGACGCUAUACUGAGCGCCCGAACCCUCCUGCGUAACCAAUUUACAAAACCGUAUCGGUCAAGGUAAGGUUUUUUAAGGAUCUGGAAAAUAUUAAAUAACAAUCGAAGCUUGUCUUCAGUUUAUGGCCGGUCUGUUCAAUAUAUGACAAAACAAUGUACAACUAGCGAAUAUUUCAAAUAAAAAAUCAUAUCUUGACUGCAUAUAAAGUUGAUACCCUACCCUUGCAUGAAAUCCAUAGCACAACCUAAAGCACAUUUAGAUUCUCCGACGUCGUCGUCUUAACACUUUUAAUAACCUAUUUUAGUCCACACAACUACUAAUAUAUUUAAAGGCGCUCAAUUUUGUAAUUAAUGUACAUACCCAUAACUUGUAUUUAAUGGUAAAUGAUGCUUCGAACGAAUCAUAGAACGAAGUGAUAGUAGCCAAACUGUUAAGAGUUAUCAAUUAAGAGCUAAGUAUGGCACAGUUUUGUAUAAUGGAUGUAUCAUGAAAUUUCUAUACUGCCAUUUACAUGAUUUAGAAAUGACUCAAAAAUACUACAAUUUGUUUUGUCUUUGAUAUUUACCUAAUAGGCAUUUCCCACUGCACUAUCUUCAUUAUGGUUUUCUAAUAAAAUAACAAUUUUAGUAAAUAUCUAUGGAAAUGUCGUCAAUGUCCUUGAAGUCCAGAACUGCAAAGGCUCAAAUAUACCGGCCUUAGCCAGUGCUACAGUUUUGGGCCUUUUGCGGCAAAGUUUUGUACUUUUAAAACAGACAGUUAAAGGUAGAUUUUUUCCUUUUCUUCUACAUUACGCAUAUUUAGUAAUUGUUGGCAACUUUCGCAUGUAAAUUUUUGUAGUUUACAUGAAUCCAAAUUGGUAGUCGUGAUCUUGCGAUGAAUGCUCUUCUAACUAAUAUAAUACAUGAUAAAUGAACCUUACAAGUGAUAAAUGAGGUUACUUAAUCU